CUCCAGCGAAGGUUUAUAAAACGACUCCUUUAACUCCUAAAUGUGUAAUUAGUCUGUAGGUGGCGCUCAACACCGUAAGGGGACGUGAAACAGCGUGUCUGUGGAUCUUCGUUCAGAUUUGUGGUGGAAAGGUUUUUGUUUUAUUUUGUUUUGGGGUGAGAAGACGAACUCGGGAUGAUCGAAGUGUCGGUUCCCGCCAUGGAGAAGGAAGUGGACGAGUCGGGAAAGUCCAGAAAGCUUUUCAGAGUCAAUAUUCUUUUUAAUGGGAGGAAACAUUAUGUGCUCAGAAGAAACAGUGAAUUCCAGAUGCUCCACAAAAAACUCAGAAAGCUCAUCCACACACCUGAUUUCCCAAGCAAAAGGAACCCACAUCUGAGGACCAAACCUCUGGAACAGAGAAGGCAGGAGCUGGAAGACUACAUCCAGGAGAUCAUCUAUCAAAAUGAAGACGUGCCACAGGUGUUAUUGGACUUCCUCCACGUUAAACACUUUCACACAGAGAACAAAGUCAGCAGCCUGGAAUCACUUGAUGAUUUGGACAGUCAGGAUGACAGUUACCAGUUAACACAUCAACAAGUGUUGGGCUUUUUUCAGGACCCUUACCUCUCUGACUGCGUAUCAGGUCUCCAGGAUGUUGUUGUGGAUGGGGUUCUCCAGGGGUUUUAUCCACGAGAUGUUCAUGUCAGCUUCACAGCCGCCACCGGGCACAGCCCCCCCCAUGCUCAUUGAGCCUGAAACCGCCACUACUUCAGAGGACUAAGUUUGUUUUGAUUACAGUUUUUGGCAUCACAUUACAAUAUAAAGCACUCCUGCAGGCGCAGACAGCUGAAUGAAAAGGUACACAAUACCACAAUGAAAGCCAUAGUAACAAUUCGGUCAUUUAAAUGGUGCAUUUGUCCAAAAAUGAAUACUUCUUUUGUGUAUGUGACCUCAGUGGUGUUGAAAUCUGUAAUCCAGUCUUUCUGGUUGUGUGCACCACCUGUUUAGUUGCACAGAAUGCUAGAACUCUGAUAUUGAGGGCACGCAUCAUCAGACUAGAUGAAUGGAUCAAAAUGUGUAGUAUAGCAGUAAAACGUGUUGGGACAUUUAAAACUGGAAUGGGGCACAAAGUGUUUUUAUAUUAUUCAUGUUACUGAUUUGGAUUUAAAGCCCUCGUAUGUAGGAUUUAAAAAGAUCAGGUUUUGGCAGCUUAGUUUAUAAAAAUGGUGUCAUUUUAUAAAAACCUUCGACCUAUGGGCUUUAAUUUUAGCAUAAAGGGUGGAAGCUGAUGGUGUUUAAAAUAUCUGUGUAGUAUUCACUGAACAGGUUUAGUAAUGGUGUAAAUUUUAUGAUGUGCCUUGUGGUGUGGAAUGAGGGCUCCUCGAGUCUCUUAUUCACACAUUUUAAUAAUUGGUUUUUCCAAGACUUAUCCAUUGUUUCCCAUAUUAUGACAAAAGCAGCCACUCUUAGCCUUACGUUGUCAAACACACUGAUGUCUUGUUUGUUUUGUGUUUUGCAUGUUUUUAUAGCUGAAUAUAUUUGGAGUUGAAUUAUGUAUGUAGUGUCUCUCAAUUUUAUUCCAAAAUUAAAUGAAUGUUUCAUACA